AUGCUAUCCAGAAUCUUACAGGCGAAAUUUUCUCUCCCGCCACAAAGGCUUCUUCAGGCUAACUUUUCUGUUUAUUCAAAACUACAGAAAGAAUUAACUGUUCCUGAAAAGAUCUCCACAGUUGAGAAAUUUCAAUUUCCGAGAAAAACACACUCCAUUAACGAUAUUGCAAAGAAUUAUCUGAAUCUCAAGGACAAUCAAAUUAAUGUUACGGUGCAUGGUUGGAUAGAUAGCAAGAUCAAAAAGAUCUCUAAGAAAUUGUUAUUUGCAAACUUCAGAGAUACAGAUGAUGGAAAUAUUAUUCAGAUUAUCGUGAACAACGAGGAAUUAGUGAAAAAAAUCAACAAAUUCAGAGUGGAAGACGCUGUUGCCAUCAGCGGUACCAUCGAGAUGCGUCAUAUGAAAGGAGAUGAGGCAGGUCAAGCUGCUGUUUGGGAUUUGAAAGUUUCGGAGGUUCAAAACUUGAACCAUGCUAGUGUCAUCGCAUCACAGCUAGAAUCCUUGAAGAAAAGUAGUCCGUUUGAUUUUCCUCCAGAAUAUAGAUACUUGCAAUUGAGACAACCUGAAUUCCAGACAAUCUUGAAGAAAAGAUCCUUGGCUGCUAAUACUAUCAGAUCGGAACUUAUAGAUCAAGGAUUUGUGGAGGUGGAAACCCCAUUAUUAUUCAAAUCUACUCCGGAAGGUGCAAGAGAAUUCUUGGUGCCAACCAGGCGUAAAAACGCUUUUUAUGCUUUACCACAGUCACCACAGCAAUAUAAACAACUUUUGAUGGCAUCUGGGGUUCCAAAAUAUUUCCAAAUCGCUAAGUGUUUCAGAGAUGAAGAUUUAAGAGCUGAUAGACAACCAGAGUUUACCCAGGUCGACAUGGAAAUGGCGUUUGCUACUCAUGACGACGUUCAAAAUGUCAUUGAAAAAUUAAUAUGUGCAACAUGGAACAAAGUUAGAGAUUUGCCUAUUUUCGUCCCUGUUGGUGAUGAAUCAUUGGAAGCUUUUGAUGUGAUCAAGCAUGAGCAUUUCCCAAAAUUAAGUUAUAUCGAUGCGUUAACCAAAUAUGGUAUUGAUAAGCCAGACUUAAGGUCCACUCUAAAAUUUCAAGAUGUUUCCGGUUAUUUCACAGAUAUUGAAAACAAAGAUUUCCCUGUGGUCGAAGCUUGCGUUUUGAAAAACCCACCAAGUGAUGCCGAGGCAUUUGAAAAAUUAGUUGACACCAACAACUUCAAGUCCAGAGUGCCAAAUAUUUGUGUAAUCAAGACUCAAGAAGAUUUGAAUGAGUGCCUCAAAGACAUAGAUGUUGCCACGGUUGAUGAAUCAAAGAUUCCCGAAUUACAAUCUCUCUUGAAUUUGGAGAUUGGUGACAUUGUUGCAUUUUCUACUAGAGCGGAAUUCCCAUAUGAAAAUCCAACACCUUUGGGUCGCUUCAGACAACAAGCUAUUGAUGCCUAUCCAGACAACUGGAGACGUAAAAUAAAUGGUCAGUCAUUGGAAAAUAAGGAUAUUUUUGUGGCUUCUUGGGUCAUCAACUUCCCACUUUUCAGUCCAGAUGAACCAGAGACUGUUCCUAACGCCAAGUACCCACAAUACGAUUUUGACAAGCUUGUGUCAACUCAUCAUCCAUUCACAAUGUUACAGUUAGAGGAUUAUGAUUAUUUGUUAAAUAAAGCCGAUUUCACAAAGAUUAAAGGUGACCAUUAUGAUUUGGUUGUCAAUGGUGUUGAGCUUGGUGGUGGUUCGAGAAGAAUUCACGACACAGAUUUACAAAACUACAUUUUCCAUAAUGUUUUGAAAAUCAAAGAACCAGAAAAAUUAUUUGGUCAUUUAUUGAAGGCAUUUGAAUCUGGCUGUCCUCCGCAUGCUGGUUUUGCCAUCGGUUUUGAUAGAAUGAUUGCCAUGUUAUUAGGACAUGCAAGUAUUAGGAAUGUUAUUGCAUUCCCAAAAAAUCAAUCUGGUAGUGAUGUCGUCGUUGGAAGCCCAAGUAAGGUGAAUGAUGAAAGACUUAAAGACUAUAAGAUCAAAAUUAGAUGA